CUACAUGCUUUAACAGAUUUUCCUUCAGUUUACGUCAAAAGUUGUGAUCAAGUUCUUCAAUCUGCAUCUGUUGUAGCGACAUCUCCCAUGAUUUUCGCUUAAUAUCCGCCUUUCGUUGAACCGUACAAAAAUCUGAGACGUUGCAAGUAAGGAACUAUGACAGCUAUAUGGUAUUACGUACUACCCAUGCUUUUGGGUCGUACGUAUGAUAUGAAGACAGACAGUCCGGGUGUAGAUAUCUUUCCUCAAGCAGAAAUAGAUAAUGCUACGAUCAUUAGAAGGCAGUUUACGGAUUCAAUGUACCGAAUGGUUUCGGAUAAUCAAGAAGCAAGAGAUUUCCUCGGAGUUUCGGGAGAAUUGUCUCUGAAGAUAAAAACUGGGAAGAUUCAGAUCGAAGGACUAGGGAAUUACAUGAGAGAAACUUAUUCUCGGUCACAAUCAGUGGAAAUUUUAGUGAAAGUUCAUUACGAAACUGAGACAUUAACUUUGCCUUCAACAGCACAACCAAGAGUCGGUUGGCGAACCUUGGAUCGAAGGGAUGUUGGAACACAUUACGUCAGAAGUAUUACUUAUGGAGGUGAUCUGGUGGCAUCUUUGAGAUUCACUGCUAAGAAUGCAGCGGACAGAGAAAAAAUCCGAGCUGCUGUUCAGACUAAUCUUCAAGCGGACACUGGAUCAUUUGGUUUAGGAAUAGAAGGAAACUUUUCUCGUCUUCAAGAAGAUCUGAAGGAUUUAGCUUCUCUUGAGAUUAAUUACUACGCAACGGUGCCAUUAAAAGGUGUUCCCAAUACGAUGGAGUCACUAAUGGAAUUAGUAGAGGAUUUCCCAAAGCAAACUCAGCUGGUGAACAAUGGCAUUGGAGUUCCUCUCAGCAUGGAACUUUUCCCACUCUCAGCUCUUGAUGCAGAUGUUCCUAGAUAUUUAGAAACAAAAGCUCUUGUUGACCUAUUGGAUCGUCUUGAGUCUCAAUUUGAUGACAUCAGAGCCACCAAAAAGGCUUUUCAGGAAUGGCUGUUAAAUGUUCCACCAGUGUUAACGCAAGAUAUGGAGGAUGAGAUUGGAGAGUUCAACGAUAAGCUUGAAAAGAUUUCAUUUGUGUUUUACAGAACACUUGGAAAUCUAAAUCUGGCAGAAGAUGCCUCAGUUGAGCAAUUUAAAGAAGCUUUUGACGCUUACAAAGGUGAAGAGGGAAGCCUACCAGAUAAAUAUUACCGAAAAUUCCUCGUUUUAAGACACAAAAUUAUACACAGUGCCCAAGAGCUUACAACGGAUGUCGGUGGUGCUAUGUAUACUCACUGGGGACAAGGGGAGUGCUAUUCAGAAAGAGCAAAGACCUUGUACUCUGGUAUUAUUACCUCAACUGACAGAAUUAAAGGAGGAUCUGCAAACAUUAUAUGCCUUACAAAUGACACUCAAACGGAUGAAGAUGCUAAUGUCUUUAAAAGACAUCACAGGUUUUAUUCAAAGUUGGCACCUGUUUUAGUGCAAGGCCGAAAGGUGUCCAGUGAGAAACCUGUAGCUUGCGGGCUAUGUUUCAUCGAGGACAGAACAUCGGCAACCACUUUUCCAGGACGUACAACAUGUCCUCCGGAAUGGAGUCUGGAAUAUACAGGCUACAUGAUGACAAAAGAUAUGAGAAGCAGAAAAGGAGAUUACAUUUGCAUGGAUUCGACUACUAAUACCUAUAAUGAUAAGGAUAUAUUAGUGAUGUCCAAGACAGAAAAACAAGAUUAUAUCACUGACGUUAAACUGAGCUGCGGUACUUUGCCUUGCGACAAAUAUGAAAAAGAGAAGUUACUACCCUGUGUCGUUUGUACGUAUUAACGAGGAAAAUAAAUGAUGUUUAUUUUAUAUCAGCACUUCACUGUUUAUACUAAGAAAAUAUUAAACUUGAAGAGUUUUUUUUUAAA